AUGGAAGCCGUAAAGAAGGCUAAAGAAAGAUUUGCGAAGUAUCCCAUAAUAUUUUCGAAGUGCUCGAAACAAGCGUCAGUCUACGCUCGUUGUGUUCUUCUCAGAGAAGAUUCUGUUAAAAAAGACGAUUGCGCGAAAGAAUUCAAAGAAUUUCAAGCGUGUUUGACAUCAGCGGCCAAAGAUUUAAAAACUAGGAUUUAA